AUGGCGUCGAGGGACCAGUACAUCGCCUACGAGAAUGGCGAGAUCCGCGCGACGCCGGCCGCGGUUCUGGGUCGCCAGAGCAGGCUCGACAUCGAGACGAUGCGCGUCGUCCACGCCCACCCCGGAACGGCCCACCUGAGCGGCGACAAGCCCAGCCUCUGCCACGCCGCCGAGCACAUGACCGUCAGCCUCGGCCUGCCCGUCCCGACCAUGGACAACGUCCGCCGCAAGCUCGGCGAAGUGCUGCACGUCGGCUUCCGGGACGAAGACGCCCAGCGCCAGCGGGGUUACUCGUGGCAGGCCGUCGGCAUCGACGACGACGUGCAGUGCACCCUGCAGCGCCCGGGCGGCCCCGUCGAGAAGCAGCCCAGCCUCGCCGCCUGCCUCGAUACCAUGCAGGCCUCGCUCUACGGCGACGUCGGCAUCCAGAUCCGCAUCGACACGGCCAUUCGAGCUGGCAGCCCCUCGUAUGCGCUCGAAGUCUUUCUCGUCAACGUGCACGUCCGAGGCACGACGCAGCAGAGGUCGGUCAGGACCAUCCUGCGCCUCGACAGCAUCGCCCCCGGCCCCGCGGUGACCGAUGAGGCGGUCGCCACGCACAAGAAGCGCAAGCAGAACCCGGACGAGCCCGCAUACAACGUCAACGGCGGCGGCCGCGCCAACAGCAGCAGCAGCAGCUCUAAUGGUACCGGCGCGCAGCCCAAGCACGGCAGUGAGGCUGCCGGCCGAUCUGGUGCGCCCCUCGCAAGUCACGACCGCCGUCGAGAGGCAGAGGUGGUCUCUGACCCGCGGGUCAGCAGCGGGCGCACGCCGUUCACGUUCAAGGCGUCAAGCGGCGCUCUCGGGCCGGACCCGCGCCCUCAGUCUCGCCUCUCUCCUGACGACAGCGCUCUUUGA